GAGAAACGCGGCUCCGGCUUUUUGAAACACCGAGGCUGCGCCAAACAGGACGAAGCUGUCGCCAUGAGCCGUCCGUCCUCAGCGGGCGGCGGAGGCGGCGGGCUCGCCGGGAAGGCAGGCGGAGGCAAACACGGAGGUUCCUCCUCGGGAGCCGCGGCGGCUGCAGCGGCGGCAGCAGCCGCAGCCGCUGCAGCGGCCGCCGCCGCCGCAGGAGUGUCAAGCUCCGUGGCUGGGUCUGGAUCGGCCGCCCCGGCGUCCUCUGUGGCCCUGCCCGGGGCUGCGCUGCAGGGCCAGUCGGCGGAGCUCACGGCGCUCUUCGAGUGUCCCGUGUGCUUCGACUACGUGCUGCCGCCCAUCCUGCAGUGCCAGGCCGGACACCUCGUCUGCAACCAGUGUCGCCAGAAGCUGAGUUGCUGUCCGACGUGCCGCGGCCCGCUGACGCCGAGCAUCCGAAACCUGGCCAUGGAAAAGGUGGCGUCCACUCUGCCCUUCCCCUGCAAGUACGCCUCCGCCGGCUGCCUACUGUCCCUGCAUCACAGCGAGAAACCGGAGCACGAGGAGCUGUGCGAGUUCCGGCCGUACUCGUGCCCCUGUCCGGGGGCUUCCUGCAAGUGGCAGGGCUCACUCGAGGCGGUUAUGCCUCACCUCAUGCAUGCCCACAAGUCCAUCACAACGCUGCAGGGUGAGGACAUCGUCUUCCUUGCGACGGACAUCAACCUGCCUGGUGCCGUGGACUGGGUCAUGAUGCAGUCCUGUUUCGGACACCACUUCAUGCUGGUGCUGGAGAAGCAGGAGAAGUACGAGGGCCACCAGCAGUUCUUCGCCAUCGUACUGCUCAUCGGCGCCCGCAAGCAGGCUGAGAACUUUGCCUACCGUCUGGAGCUGAACGGGCACCGGCGGCGUCUCACGUGGGAGGCCACGCCCCGCUCUAUUCAUGACGGUGUGGCGGCCGCCAUCAUGAACAGUGACUGCCUGGUGUUCGAUACCUCCAUCGCCCACCUGUUCGCGGACAAUGGUAACCUGGGCAUCAAUGUCACCAUCUCCAUGUGCUGAGGCACCUGCCACCCAGGAGCGAACUCUUCCAGCUCCUUUGGUUGACACGAAAUCCCUGGCACCAGGUUGCCGGUUGCUUGUGCUGUAGAGUAUUUUAGCAGGAAAAGAGAUCUGUGUGCGUGUAUGUAUGUCUGUCUUUUCUGAGAUUGGCUUCUUGACACGGUCGAGCUGAGCACUUCCCGUUGUUGGCUUUCACCGUUGUGGAACGGGUGCUUGGAAGAUGGCAGGAGAAGUUAAGGUUGAACGUGUAAGAGGACCUGAUUUGUAUCCUGUAGGGGUGAGAGUACAAGUGGGAAGGUGAUGUGCUGACUCACUCAGUCCUGUCCCUCCCCAGGUACUGUGACCACCCCACGGGCCUUGGUGUGUCGCUGUGUGACAGCCCCAGGCGAAGCUGCCCUGUUGAGGUGGCUUCUGUAGCCCAGUCGUGCAGUGCUGCCACCAGGGCUUCCUGGUAGUGCAGCAGCCACAGCUAUUUAUUUAUUUUGUGAUGGUGUGGCAUGAAAAGGUGCCGGAAUGCUCGUGCAGGUCCGGGGACUCAGCUCUGGCCGG